CGCGAGGUGGGAAGAGUGUAGUGCGCGCGCGGGUACCUGCGCGUCCGCCCGUUCCCUAUUCCGCGCGGAAGGUGACGCCCCGCAGUCCGCUCCGCGUCCCUCGGCUCCGGAGGAGGGGCCGUUUCUUCCCUUGGGGCUGUGCGAAGUUCUCCGGUGCGUCGCGGAUCCGCCCCCGUCCCGUGUGGGGCGCUCGCAGCUUCUGAUUUCCAGCUCAAAAUCUGUGUGCUUGAUUUGAUUUUUUUUCCAAUGAAGUACAUCCUUGUAACUGGUGGAGUCAUCUCAGGCAUUGGGAAAGGGAUCAUUGCAAGCAGCAUUGGCACCAUACUGAAAUCAUGUGGUCUGCGUGUCACUGCAAUCAAAAUUGAUCCUUACAUAAACAUAGAUGCUGGAACGUUUUCACCAUAUGAACAUGGAGAAGUUUUUGUACUGAAUGAUGGUGGAGAAGUUGACUUAGAUUUGGGAAAUUAUGAGAGAUUCUUGGACAUCAAUCUCUAUAAAGAUAACAAUAUCACCACUGGAAAGAUAUAUCAGCAUGUUAUCAAUAAAGAAAGGCAUGGUGAUUACCUGGGAAAGACUGUUCAAGUUGUUCCACACAUCACUGAUGCGGUUCAGGAGUGGGUAAUGAAUCAGGCAAAAGUUCCUGUGGAUGAUGACAAAAAAGAGCCACAAAUCUGUGUAAUCGAGCUCGGUGGAACUAUUGGAGACAUUGAAGGAAUGCCAUUUGUGGAAGCAUUUAGACAAUUCCAGUUCAAAGCAAAACGAGAGAACUUCUGUAAUAUCCAUGUUAGUCUAGUACCACAGCCUAAUGCCACUGGUGAACAGAAGACAAAACCAACGCAGAACAGUGUUCGAGCACUGAGAGGCUUAGGCUUGUCUCCAGAUUUGAUUGUCUGCAGAAGUGCAAAACCUAUAGAAAUGGCAGUGAAGGAAAAGAUCUCCAUGUUUUGCCAUGUGGAGCCUGAACAGGUGAUAUUUAUCCAUGAUGUUUCUUCCACUUACCGAGUACCAAUUCUGUUGGAGGAGCAAGGCAUCAUGAAGUAUUUUAAACAGAGGUUGAAUUUACCCAUUGAUGACCAGCCAAGUGAUCUUUUAAUGAAAUGGAAGAAAAUGGCUGACAGAUAUGAAAGGUUGCUGAAGGUGUGUUCCAUAGCUCUCGUUGGCAAGUACACAAAACUAAGUGAUUGCUAUGCAUCUGUUUUCAAGGCUCUGGAACACUCUGCACUGGCGAUUAAUCACAAACUGGAUUUAAUGUAUAUAGACUCAACAGAACUUGAACGUUCUACAGAAGCGGAGAACUCAGUGAAAUACCAUCAGGCAUGGCACAAGCUGUGCAAAGCAGAUGGCAUUCUCGUCCCAGGAGGGUUUGGAAUUAGGGGAACAGAAGGCAAACUCCAAGCUAUCUCCUGGGCAAGAACAAAGAAAAAACCUUUCCUCGGAGUUUGCCUGGGAAUGCAAUUAGCGGUUGUGGAAUUUGCAAGAAACUGUUUAAAUUGGAAAGAUGCAAAUUCUACAGAAUUUGACCCAGACACAAAAAACCCUGUUGUCAUCGACAUGCCAGAACACAAUCCUGGAGAUAUGGGUGGAACAAUGAGACUAGGGAAGAGGAGGACCGUUUUCAAAACACAAAAUUCUAUUUUAAGGAAACUUUAUGGUGAUGAAAUGUUUGUGGAGGAACGACACAGGCAUCGAUAUGAGGUGAACCCAGAAUUAACUCACUGCUUUGAAGAGAAAGGUUUGAAAUUUGUUGGCCAUGAUACAGAAGGAAACAGAAUGGAAAUGAUUGAACUGGAGAAUCACCCAUAUUUUGUGGGAGUUCAAUUCCACCCAGAGUUUUCCUCAAGACCUAUGAAACCUUCACCUCCAUACCUUGGGCUGUUGCUUGCAGCAACUGGAACACUUAACGCAUACUUGCAGCGUGGAUGUAAAUUGUCUCCAAGAAAGAACGAAAGCUACAGUGACCUCAGUGAUGACAGCUCUCCAGAGAAAGAGUUUCCUAAAUCAGAAACAAGCUAAAAUGGUUGUAUGAGAACACAAAAAUGGAUGAUGCUAUUGAGAAAGUUGGAAACAAGUCAAUAUUGAACACAAAGUGAAGAAAGUGGAAGAGUAAGCUGCUUGAGGUCCUUGUAGUAUCUCCUCCUGCACUGUUUUCAGUAAUUCUCUUUAGCAAAACCUGUUCUGUAUAAAUGAUAUUUUGCUUUAAAAAAUGAUAUAAAUUGUUGUGCACUCAGCUAUUAAUCAUUUUUGAUCUUCUCCUAUAUUUCAGAGUGAUCUCAGGCGAAUAUGUGUUAGUUCACUAGUUCGCAGUUAUUUUUGCUUUAAGGGAAGGUUUGAAUUUUUCCACCUUAGGACAGUAAGAAAAAAUGCAUUCAUUCUUCUGUAUGAGGUAGAAAUGCACAAAAUACUUACGGGGAAGUUGUUCUUUACUGUUCAUAGAUAAAACAGAUUCAGAUUUGCUUCUCUGUUAAGCUUGUUGUGUGUGUAUAUAUAAAGUUUACUUUUUUGCUGCUCAGUAUGUACAAAUAAGAAAUUGUUUCUCUGUUUCAGCUCUAUGAUUGUAAUAAUUGAUGUUGGAUAUAAAUGUCUCUUCACUUUAUAAGUGAUUCCUUUUGACCACAGUUCGAGUUUAUUUUCUCUGUUUUCCCUGAAAAAUGUUGUACCAAACAUAAUUCUGACCUACCAAGUUACAGAAGUGAAGUAGAAGGUGCUUUUGUAUUUAAAUUCUAUAAUAGAGAAAGGAAAUAUGCUCAUAUUUUAAAAUGCAAGCUGUGCACUUGUGUGAAGGUUGUAGAAGAACCAGUCAGAAACCUGGAGUGUAAUCUGGGAUCCAGCUGCAUAAUACUAAUUUAAGUUCAGUACUGAAUGUAAUGAGGAAUUAAAGUUUACCCUUGUUUUCUUGCA